ACGAAGUUGGCAAACCUGAUGUCAACAAAUUAUUAAUCACGUAUAUUGUCAUUUUCGUUAUUGUCAUUGUUAUUUGCACGUUGCACGCCAAUCCUGUAACCGUUUCAGUCAACUCUGUAACUGAGUAAAUACGUUUAAACAGCAUAAUUUGCUGUACAAAUUUACAAGAUGUACAAAAAUACGAAUGCAGGCGUAUGCUAGAUUCCGGUCUCCAAGUCCAUCCGCAGUUCUCUGACUACGUUAGGAGUUGUAUGUACGAAUCCAUACCAACGAAUUCAGAUCCAUACAUAUCACAAUAGCCCUUUGAGAAUUCUAGCAAUUUCUCUAGAGUGUAAAUAUAUGCCAAUUUGCAUGGAGUUCCCGCCGUUGGUUUGCAUGUUGCGAAAACCAAAAAUUUAUUGGUAUCAAACUGAUGGUGAGGUCGUAAUGCGUAUUAUCCUAAACGAGGUAAUGGAUUACUUUUUGCGCGUCCAGGUGGACGACUUUGAAUUUAGCACCACCCUUGGUGGAACAGAUUACUACGUGUACUUGGAGCUUUUUGGAGCUAUCAUAGCCAAGUGUGUCAGCCACACCGAAACAGGCAGGGAAAUUACAGUUCGUCUUCCAAAAGUUCACAAAUUUCUGUCCUGGCCUAGACUUCUCCGCUCCACUGAAAAAGUUCAUCAAAUUGAAUAUGAUAUCGACCGCCUGGAGUCAAUCACUCUUAAGCAACAACCGCAUAGUUAUGUUGAGAGAGAAGACUUUACAUCUUUCAAGAAGAGACAUAAUAUUACUCACAUAAUGCCGGACGUGCCAUCGUCAACUGAAGAGGACUCGGACGACGAGGAAUUCAACAUUAUAUUCGAAACUUGAUACCCUUUAUUGAACUGAAUCAUAACAUAAGGCAUCGAAGUAUGACAAUUAUGACUGGAUGUUGGGGUGGGAUCUGACUUUUAACACAGAUUCAUAAAAAUUAUGUUUUUAUCUGUCGCAAAGGCUCGUAAUUAAUUAUACAAUAUUCAUAAUUA